AUGUUUCAAAGGUCCGAAACAGACAUUAUCGAAGGGAAUGAUUUGGAUUGGUUUGGCUUACACUUUUGUGAAGAAUAUGAGGAAGAAGAAGGUGGGGGAGAUGACAUGGGGAAUACGGUUGAUGAAGGUGGUGGAGAUGCCAUGGAGAAUACAGUUGAUGAAGGUGGGACAUCAAGUUUGGAAAAGACGGAAAUGGCAACUGACGAAAUGAAGGAUACCAACCAAUUUUCUAAGUAUGAUUUAAACGAAAACCCAUUGUUGUUGAGUAGAGAUGGGCGGGCAAUCAGAUAUUUAGAGCAUAAAGCUGAUGAAGACCCUGGUUUUUUUGGACAGUUUUCGUACAAUGAGGAUAAUCGUCUUCUUAAUCUAUUUUGGGCAGAUGGGAGAUGUAGAUCAGACUAUGAAACAUAUGGCCAUGCAGUAGCUUUUGAUUCGACAUACAAGACUAAUAGUUAUGGGAAGCCGUUGCUGAUAUGGAUAGGAAUUAAUAACCACUAUACCACAUGCAUUUUGGGCUUUGCCAUUCUUGACAAUGAGUCUGCCAGCAGCUACAAGUGGGCGACAAGGGCUUUCCUGGAAUGCAUGGGAGGUGUUCUACCGAAAACAGUAGUGACAGAUGGAGACGAAGCUAUUGCUAACACGCUACAGGAGUUGAUGCUUGAUGUACCCCACCGAUUGUGUUAUUGGCAUUUACACAACAAAGCUGUUUUAAAAGUGAAAGAUCCAUCUUUUGCGAGUAGGUUUACCAAAUUGGUAUUCCGGUACUACACAAAGGACGAGUUUGAAGAUAAAUGGUGCGACUUAGUGAAAUAUUUUGGGAUACAAGGCACUGAAUAUGCUGCAAAGCUUUAUGCAGACAAGGAGAAGUGGGCUGAAACAUUUCUGAGAGGGAAUUUCUUCUAUGGAAUGACAACUACUCAACGAAGUGAAGGUAUUAAUGCGGUGUUGAAGAAAAAAGUGAAUCAAAAGUUGAAGUUGUACGAGUUCGUCAGGGCGGUCAGCAUGACCUUAUCUUUAAUUAGACAACGUGAAGCAAAGGAUGAGUACAUUACACUUCACACUAGUCCCCAGCUCGGGAAGACAAAUUUGCCACAGAUAGAGGAUGAAUUAGCAAAUCUUUACACACAGAACAUGUUUUACAAGGUACAACACCAGAUGUUGAAAGAAGGUAGGCACAUGGUGAAAACCCUAUUGGAGGAAGAGGAUGCAAUAAUUUUGAAGCUUCACAAGUGUGCUGCUGAACAAGUGAAGAGGCAUGUAUAUGUAACACCGGAGCGUGAUCUCUUUGUUUCAUAUAUUUGCUUCAAUAAAACGCCUACACAUUACUUCAAUGCCUCGAGCACUAAUACAUCUCGGUGGAUGGUUGAGACUAAACAGACUCACAAUUUUCCAGUUGGCAAUAUGGACGCUAACUUAAACAAACGAGAGGUGGAGAGUGCAAGAUUUGGUGCAAUUAGUAGCCAGUUGGGUGAACUUGCGUAUCUUGGAUCGAGGAAUCAGUCGACAUACCAUAUUGCAAAAAGUGAGAUUGACAGAUUAUGCGGUAAGCUUAAAGCAAUUGUGGACAUGGGAGACAAGGAGAUUAGCCAUAACCUGCCUCUACACAGGGAGUUUCAAUUCCCAGUGUUGGAUCCAUACUUCACAAAAAGUAAGGGUACAACAAAGGUACCUGGCUCGAAAAAAGGUACUCGCCGCAAAUGUAGUAUCUGCCAGAAAAGUGGACAUAACAAGUUGACUUACCCGAUAAAAUGGAAGAAGGAUCACCAGAUUGGAGAGUCAGAUGAAUAUGAAGAUGCAGAAGAAGAUGACCAAUGCUAUGGAAUGGGAUUGAAUGAUGAAUGGGCUGGGCAAAACUCAAUGGACUACACACAACAUGAGAAUGAGACAGAAAAUGAUGUUGUUGAAGAUUUAGGCAAUGAACUACAGAAUGAUAAAGUGAAUAAAGUGGGAACACAAGUUGAGGAGGGAAACAAUUGGUGGCAAAGUCCUUUCUGA